CACGCACAGUAUAACCUUCAAGUUUCACUGUGUAUCGACUUCGUGGUUACUUGCGUACUCAUGUAUUGGUUACUAUUAUAGACAUCAAUUCAUAAUAGAGUAAUAUAUCUAACAAUAUUGGUUUGGUGAACGUAUAAGAGAGAGAUAGAUUGAAAUAGCAAGGAUAUAGCAAACACGAUACGGACGACGAUUAUGUCGUCGUCUGCCGGUGGCAAUGGAAUUCUACCUAGCUAUCAACGUUUCGUUAACGGUGUACAGCCUGGCCAGCUGUUUGGCCGGCGUUCGUUUCGCCUACGUGAGAAAUACCUUAUACUUUUAGUUUUCUUAACAUUUGGUAUCGUCUGCUUCGGUGCAUUUUUUUUUCUACCAGAAGAUUUUCGAGGUCAUGGGAGUGUAAAUAGCGUUUAUCAGGUAUAUCAACGUAUACAAAAGGCAGGUCCCGAACUUCUGAUACCAGUACCACCCAACCUACAGAGUCAACGUAUGGAAGCUGGUUAUAAAAUAAAUGUAAUCCCUAUUCACCAUGGAAAUCCAAGGACUGAGGAUAUCCAUCUUCUUAAAGACAAACAAAAAUUGCAGGCAAAAAUUGAUGAAGAAUAUCAGAAUCAAAAAACUUUAGAAAAGCCAGAAAUGCUUAGCGAACUGCGAUUGCGUAGUAGUAGUGUAUCAACAACUUUUAUGAUUUCACAAUGGAUUAAUAUGUAUGAAACUGUGCCACCUGAACCUUCUAAAAAGUUACCAAAGACUGAAGGAGGAGAGGACCAGGAUGCAAUCACUCGGCAUCGAAGAAAUAAAGUAAAAGAGAUGAUGAAACACGCUUGGGACAAUUAUGUGCGAUAUGCCUGGGGUAAAAAUGAGUUGCGGCCAAUUUCUAAAAGGGGUCACAGUGCAAGUAUUUUUGGUAGUUCAACGAUGGGGGCCACUAUAGUCGAUGGUCUUGAUACUCUGUAUAUAAUGGGACUUCGUGAAGAAUUUAAGCAAGGAAGAGACUGGAUUGCACAAAAUCUCGAUUUUGAUAUUAAUUCAGAAAUCUCUUUAUUUGAAACAAAUAUUCGUUUUAUGGGGAGCCUUUUAUCUUGUUAUGCUCUCACCGGCGAUGUAAUGUUUCGUGAGAAAGCAGUACAGCUGGGAGAACGAAUGUUACCUGCCUUUCAAACAGAAACUGGAAUACCUCAUUCUCUUAUAAAUCUACACACUGGAGCAAGUAAAAAUUACGGAUGGGCAAGUAGUGGCUGUAGUAUUCUUUCUGAAAUAGGAACCAUGCAUUUAGAAUUUACGUACCUUAGUGAUAUUACAGGUAACCCUAUAUAUAGAUCAAAGGUUGAUCACGUCCGGAAAACGUUAAAAAAUCUUGAAAAACCUAAAGGAUUGUAUCCAAAUUAUAUUCAUCCAAAAACUGGUAAAUGGGGAAGACAUCAUAUGUCAUUGGGAGGUCUAGGUGACAGUUUUUAUGAAUAUCUGCUAAAAGCCUGGAUUCAGUCAGGUAAAGAGGAUAACGAAGCACGUGAAAUGUACAAUGAAGCAAUGGAUGCGAUUACAAAAUAUAUGAUUAUCAAAUCACCUAGUGGCCUCCUGUAUGCUUCUGAUUUACAAUACGAACGUCUUGAACAUAAAAUGGGUCAUCUUGCUUGUUUUGCAGGUGGUAUGUUCGCUCUCGGAGCUAAAACACAAAAAAGCGAAAUGAGCAGCCAACACAUGGAUAUUGCAGCCGGACUGACAAACACUUGUCAUGAAUCUUAUGAUCGCAGUGCUACCAAACUUGGUCCCGAAGCAUUUCACUUUAUAGAAGGUAACGAGGCAAAGAGUUUAAAAAAUGGAGAAAAAUAUUACAUCUUACGACCCGAAACUUUUGAGUCAUAUUUCGUGAUGUGGCGACUAACGAAAGAUCCGAAAUAUCGAGAAUGGGGAUGGGAAGCCAUUCAAGCUUUAGAGACGCAUUGUCGUGUCCCUGGCGGUUAUACUGGCCUUCACAAUGUUUACCAACUCGAUCCACAAAAGGAUGAUGUUCAACAAAGCUAUUUUUUUGCUGAAACAUUGAAGUACCUGUAUUUAUUAUUCAGCGAUGAUGAAUUUAUCAGCCUAGAUGAAUGGGUAUUUAAUUCUGAGGCUCACCUUCUUCCAAUCAGAGGCAAAAAUCCUUUGUAUCGUGCAGCUCCUGCAUUAUAA